CUUCUUCUCCUCCCUCAGCUCGGCCACCACACAACAAAAUGUCCCAAGAAGUUCGCUUCAUCAUAUAUGGACUUCAAUUCUCUCCACUUAUAUUCACACCAUUUGCUUCUCACCCAGCAUAACUGUUUCUAAUGGCAACCUUCUUCAAACCUCUACCCAGAAAAGUUUCGGUCUUCCUCAACAUAUCCUUUCUCUUGAUUCUCUCUCUCUUUCUCAAAUCCUAUCUCUACCCCUCCUAUUCCAAUUCUCAUCAUGAAUCAUCCAAUAAUUCCCCUUCCAUUUUCAACCGCCACACUCGGAUCCUCCAGGAGAUCACGCCAGAUUCAUGCACAGGUCUUCAUGAGCUCUCAGAUUAUAGAUCAAAGUGCUUGUACGUCAAAACCCAUUCUGAGUGCAGGUCAAAAGGCUACAUAAACUAUCUCUAUAUCUUUUACUGCAACCUUGGCCAAUCACCAAUCAUGGGUCAUUUUUUGCUUAUAUUAUGGCUUGCGGUGUUGUUCUACCUCUUGGGCGACACUGCUUCUAAUUACUUCUGCUACUCCUUGGAGAGUCUGUCCAAUAUCUUGAAGUUGUCUCCCACCAUAGCAGGAGUCACUUUGCUUUCUCUGGGAAAUGGAGCUCCUGACUUUUUUGCAAGUGUUGUUUCCUUCACAAGAUCCAGCAAUGGUGCAGUUGGGCUUAACAGCAUUCUUGGAGGGGCAUUUUUCGUCUCAAGUACUGUCUUGGGGAUUAUAAGUAUUCUGGUUAGCACAAAGCAGAUUGCAGUUGACAAGGCCAGUUUCAUUAGAGAUGUUCUGUUCUUCCUUUUCUCUCUGCUCGUCCUCCUUCUCAUCAUUUCCAUUGGCAAAAUUACCUUGUUGGGCUCAAUCUGCUAUGUCUCCAUCUACUUCCUUUAUGUCUGUGCAGUCUCUGCCACACAUUUUAUCUAUGGAGGGGAGAAGAAAGAAAACGAAUGCUUUGCUAUAUCUGCUGAUGAUCUUGUAGAGUCUGGCAUACCAUUGUUAGGCUGCGUUGAUGAUGAGAAACCAAGUUUAGCAGAGAAAGUGGCUGCAGAAGAUAACAAAGAAAAGCCAGAGUGUUUUGAGGGCGCUUCAUUUAAAUGGAAUUAUUACAUGGGCAAAUUUCUACAAGUGCUAGAACUACCUCUCAGCUUGCCAAGAAAACUCACCAUACCAGUUGUGAAUGAAGAGAGAUGGUCAAAGCCAUAUGCAGUAAUAUCUGUCACAUUAGCACCAGUUCUGAUAGCACUUAUCUGUAACACCCAGAAGGAAAAUGAGGAUUCUAGGACCAUUCUGGUCACAUACUUAAUAGCUGCUCUGAUUGGGGUGUUUCUGGGAAAUAUGGCCUGUGUGACCACAAACAGCACUAGCCCCCCAACAAUGUGCCUAUUUCCUUGGCUAGCAGGAGGUUUUGCCAUGAGUGUGACAUGGACAUAUAUUAUCGCUGAGGAAUUGGUUUCCUUGUUAGUUUCAAUUGGGAAUAUAAUUGGGGUUAGUCCUUCAAUUCUUGGGUUAACAGUCCUAGCUUGGGGUAACUCUCUUGGGGAUCUAAUAGCCAAUGGUGCUAUGGCAGUUAAUGGUGGGGUAGAUGGGGCUCAAAUAGCUAUAUCCGGGUGUUAUGCGGGUCCCAUGUUUAACACUUUGAUGGGUUUGGGAUUUCCUUUGGUUCUUUCAGCUUGGUCUGAGUAUCCAAAUCCAUAUGUAAUCCCUAAGGACCGUUCUCUCUACGAGACUCUUAUGUUCUCGAUGGGAGGGUUGUUGUGGGCCCUUGUGGUGUUGCCAAAGAGAAACAUGAGGCUAGAUAAGUUCUUGGGAUCGGGACUCUUGAUCAUAUACCUUUGUUUCCUUUUCAUAAGGAUGGCAAUGGCAAUUGGUAUUGUGAAGUUCUAGAGAUGCCCCUUCUUCAAAAAGGAAAAAACUCACAUCAUGUGAUACGUUUCACAUUCAAUAGGUACAAUUGUAAAUUUGAUCCUUCUUUUUUUUGGGGCAUUAUUAGCAGUUUCUAUUUGAUGAGCGGUAGGCUAGCUUCAAAAGAGAGUGGAAAAGCCAUCAGUGAUCCCGUGUUGUUUAGAACUUUGAACAUGGGCACACUCUAAUUUUCUAUAUCUCGUCUUUGUUGCUUAGGGCACACGAAUCCUAGGCCUGGGCCUUGUUGUCUUAGAUUAUUAUUAUUUUUGUUGCUGCC